AUGCCAGUUGCACAAGGACAGGAACAGUCCCCUAAGUCCCGCCUCUCACCUGGCCCGACCGCCAUCACCAAAGCAACCAGCACCAGCACUAGGGCAGCAGCUGUCCUUCUUCCCUCGGUCGCUCUCAUCCUCACCCUCUCGUGCCUCCUCAGUCCUGUUGUCCCUGUGCAAGCAGCGGUCUCAGCCUCAAUUGUCGUCGAUGCCGCGGCUCUGCCCCUUUCAUUUGCCGCAUGUGGAAAUCCGCUCCUCGCAGAAAGAACGAGGACGUUGACGAUGGUUCACGGGCUUGGCUGCACCCCUCGUUCACAGUUCCUGGCCUCGUUGGUGGCACCUGAGACUAACACUGAUCCUGAUGCUGCUGCUCUGGACCAGCAAAAGGAGGGUGUUUCACCAGGGUCCACGUUUGUGAUCGACAGGACGGUUGCUCCAGCGAUCGGGAUUAUCAAGGAACGGUGGAUGAGCGAGUCUGAGGACCUGAUUCACAGAAAGCCUCCAGGGUCGAGGGGCGUGCUUGACUCGUCUGUAGGUGGAGAGACGACUCUGGGGGUCCAGUCCUCGUCUCCCUUGAUCACAUUACCACAUUUGAACUGGAUUCGAGCACAUCUUGGCACAAAGUCCCCCUAUCCUCAUGAGAGCAGACCUGUUGGACCCUUGGAGGACGUCCCUGAGGGAUAUGAGUUGGUUCAGUUGCAUCUGAUCUGUCGCCAUGGUACAAGGUACCCUAGUGCUUCCAUGGCUGUCGGCUUUAAGAAGCUCGCUGAUCGACUCAAGGGUGUCAAGUUGCCUGGAUUCGAAUGGAUCAAGGACUGGCCAAGUGAUACAUUGUACCCUCCUGCAAGAGGAAAUCUACUUUCCGUCCAGGGAGAUGCUGAUCUGUAUCAGAUUGGUCGUCGCUUUGCCAUCCGCUACAAAACCUUGUUAGACAAGCACCCUUACGACGCCAGCCUGUACCAAUUUACGACAUCGGCAAAAUCCAGGAGCAGCCAGUCUGCGUACGGGUUCUCGGUUGGGUUCUUUGAGAGUCGUUUCGCCGAUUCUGGAUCUGACGCCGAGACGGGUGUCAUAGGUGAUCGACCUGUCGUCCAGCCUAUUGAUAUCUCUAUGCUGCCCAUCGGAUUGGAUAAGGAACUGGCGAUGAAGUAUGCUUGCCCAAGAUGGCUGGAGAGCAUCAAGGACCAGCCGCGUAUAGUGCGCGAGAUCAAGCAGUUCGAGAGCAAGUUUGUCCCAGCCCUGGCAAAUCGCCUCUCAGCGGUUUUGUCCGAGGGUGCCGAAUCCCCAGCAGCCAAGUUCAACAUCACAGUCAAGGAUGUUGGCGUUAUCCAAAACAUGUGUGGAUUCGAGGUUGCCCUGCACAACAAUGACACGACUUGGUGUCGGUUACUUGGACUCGGGCUAUCUUCUUCUUCGGAGGGGGGUGAUUACAGGGAUGACGAGGUCAAGGAUAACGAGGCGAAGGAUGUGUUCCGGAAGUACGAGAUCGCGGGAGAUUUGGAUGACUACUACUCGCACGGACCAGGAGUGCCUUUCAACAGACAUCUUGGGUGUAAGCUGGGCACUUCGUUGAUGGAGGCUGUUGAAUUGGCACUGACUGAGGGUAAGACUAGCGGUAGAGUGCCGACGCCGAAGGAGGACAACAUCCCUGGUACCUUCGAUAGUGGUGAUGAUGAUGGAGAGCCUGGGGUGUAUCGCGCUCUUCUCAAAUUUGGUCAUUCUGAAACCAUCCUUUUCUUCUCCAGCUUCCUGGGUUUAUACAACCAGAAGGGGGUCCCGUUGACGGCAAACAUGACGUCUAAGCAGUACGCCGAGCGAGAGUUCCAGACCAGCAAGGUCUCCCCCUUUGCUGCCAACAUGGCUUUCGAGGUCUACCGCCCCAUCGCGGAUACCCGAAAGUCGCGCCGCCGCCUGGAUGCCGAAGCCGCUUCCCCUGCUGACAGUAACACCAAGUCAGCUCCUCGAGGACUGAUCAGGUUGCUGGUCAAUGAGGUACCCAUGGUCCUUCCCGGCUGUGGAGGUGAAUACUUUUGUGAAUGGCCGACGUUCAAGAAGGUCCUUCAGCGUGCGGGGACCGGGUGCGAUUUCGAUGGCUGCUGUAGUACCCUGACCAAGCCCACCCCUACUCCUGGGGCGGGGGUGGAGGCCAAGGCGAAGGCGAGGGCUGCGUUUUUGGCAGCUGUGUGGGAGUUCCGUCACCAGACGGUUCUUGAAAGGAAAGCGAAGUCGCAGCUGCCUGUUUACUCCAACCCUCAUGAGCAGUUUUUGGUCUUGUUGCAGGAGCCCAAGAACGACGCUGAUGCUGCUUUGGAGCAUGAGAAGAAGACGGUCUAG